GAAUUGCGAGAAGUGCGAAUAAUAAAUUCCUUCCGGACCAAAAAAGAGAUGAGAGUAUGCGAAGAAUGCUCCGCAAUUACUGCGAGUAUUCUUCUAACACGCAGGGGGUUGCCUGGGUCUAUUGGACGACGCCGGCGCCUCGCUGUUUUGACGGCUGCACCGCACCCCACAACCCUUGCAGUAAGCAGCAACCACCCACGGAAUCGACGCUGUCUAGCUCUUCGCUCCCAGCUCCCGGCAGUACAUUUUGGGCAACAGGUGAAUGAUGUCGAGCAAUAUCGACUUUGUGUGCCCGGUCGAGGCCGACCUUUACGAGGCGGUGAUGGAACACUUGCGGCUCACUUUCUUUUGGGAGGAACCGCUCAAUGUGUGCGUGAGCCUGUGCGAGGCCCGUGGUUCCGGCCACCCAAAACUAGAAGCGGUUUGCUUAGACACCCUUCAGGACGGUCUGUCUAUAGUGGCCCUGAGCGACGGAAAAGUCGUGGGCUGCGCCCUCAAUGGUUCUCAGAGUAGGCAGCAGCUUGACGAGGCCAUCGAGCAGACUUACGCUGAAACGGAUAAAAAAUUUCGUGGCAUUUUUGCUAUGCUCUAUGAAAACAACAGGGAGAUAAAUCUGUUUGGCAAAUACAAUGUCCACGACAUAUUUGAAUGCCGCAUUUUGUCUGUUGAUCCUGAGUACAGAGGACGAGGCAUUGCUCGAAUCCUGCUGGACCAGAGUAUUCAAGAGGCCCAAUUACGCGGUUUCAAACUUUUCAAGGUUGACGCUACAAGCGCGAUCUCUCAGCGCAUUUGCAAGUCGAGAGGACUUACACUGGAGCAUGAGUUACUGUACGCUGACCGUUUGGACCCUGACACAGGAAAGCCGGCUUUCGCUCCACCGCCACCCCACUUUGGUUUACAAAUAUAUACGCAGCUUUUCCAGAGUGAGUAAGAUUACAAAUCUCCUCCUCGACAGCGACCAUAAUAUAUCAGCGUGUGCUCCUAUACUAGCCUAUAUAUAUAUGUUCCCUUCUCCUUGCAACCCUUGAAGCAAGAAUAAGAAAAAAAAAUAAAAGUUUCAGUUCCACCGUGGGAAAUUUUAGAUAUCCUGUACUAUGAGCUCAGACAGUCAAAGUUGUAAAUUCAUGUUAUACGAUUUAUUGUACUGUCAAAGUUAUGUGUAAGGAAAGGAGCAACUAUACUUGCCGACGUGUUCAGUCUUAAAAGCACAACCAAAGAUAAGCAGCCAAAGAUACAUGAUGUCGUUUGUUGUGAUAAAAAAAUAUUCAUGUUCAUUAUGAAAUUCUACUGGUAGUUUAAUAGCGCAUGGAGCGCGAAAAAUAUGUUUUAUAGUUUACAUUUUAAUUUAUUUAAUAAAAGCGGUCCUCAAUUUUCAAAGAUGUGAUAUGAAAAGCAAAUUUUAAAUCAUACAUAAUAUUCUUUAGAUUUUUCCACAUUCAUUCGUACAAUUUAUAUUUUAUUUUCAGUAAAACAGUAUUGUGGCAAGAGCAAGAACAAAUCAAAUUUAAAAUAAAAAAAUAUUAUCAAGGCAAAUAAUUUAAUGGAGUGUUGAUUUUUGACUUUAUGAGACAAAAAUAUGAAUAAUACCAGAAUAAUACCAUUUUCAUGAUACAUGUUAAUUGGAAAUAUGAAAUAAAUAACCCACAUAACCCUAUAUAAUGUGUGUAUUUUAAAUGAGUGUAGUUAAAUAUGGAAUUAUAUUUUUUUUACUUCAUUAAGAUUUUUUUCAAUAUUGUAGUUAGGCUCUUGGAAUGAAUUGUCUCUUUUUUUUAAUAACUUCUGAUUUUUACGAUGUGUCUGUUAAUUGAACAGAAUUGUAAAAUCAAAAUUGGCACACUCGUUUUAUAUUUUGAUGCAGGUGACGCUCAAAAAGCGAACAGCAAAAUGUGAACUGUAUUAAAUUUAAUGUUAUGUGUGUAAUAUUGUCGUCGCGGUGUUCGCCUCUUAUAUGCAACCUGAAACACAGAAAAGUGCUGCAGGUUGCGUUUCAACUUUCCAGGCAUUCGGACCAAGUCUUGUAAUGAAACAAAUGAAACUAUGACAAUAAAAUGCAAUGCCAACGGUUAUAA